AGAAGAGAGUCGGCGUUGCGCGACUGCCCAACACAUGUUUGGUAAGUUUCACAUCAUUCACUUACGGUUAACAAUCGCAGCGGACGGGACUGGUCCAUUAUCGUCAACUCCACCGGCAAAUCCGGCGUCACAUUCUGCGCUGAAUCCAACUCCGCAUCAUCUCCACCGUCCAAUUCCUCCGAAGUCAUCUAUAUAACCACGAAGGUCUCGUUUGCCAUCUUUGUGCACACUCUUCUUCUGCCUUCCUUCGCUGAAGCAAGUAAAAUGGCUUUGAUCGUGGAGAAGACGUCGUCGGGCCGCGAGUACAAGGUGAAGGACCUCUCCCAGGCUGACUUCGGCCGCCUCGAGAUCGAGCUCGCCGAGGUGGAGAUGCCCGGCCUCAUGGCUUGCCGCACCGAGUACGGAGCUGCCAAGCCCUUCGCCGGCGCCCGCAUCUCUGGCUCCCUCCAUAUGACCAUCCAGACCGCUGUCCUCAUCGAGACCCUCACCUCGCUCGGCGCCGAGGUCCGCUGGUGCUCCUGCAACAUCUUCUCCACCCAGGACCACGCCGCGGCCGCUAUCGCACGCGACUCCGCCGCGGUAUUCGCCUGGAAGGGAGAGACUCUCGCCGAGUACUGGUGGUGCACCGAGCGCUGCCUCGACUGGGGCGCCGACGGCGGUCCUGAUCUCAUUGUCGACGAUGGCGGCGACGCCACGCUCCUCAUCCACGAGGGCGUCAAGGCCGAAGAGGAGUACGAGAAAUCGGGCAAGCUCCCCGAUCCAGCCUCCACCGACAACACCGAGCUCCAGAUCGUGUUCGGGAUCAUCCGCGAUUGGCUCAAGACCGACCCCAAGAAGUACCGCCGAAUGAAGGAGCGGCUUGUGGGCGUGUCGGAGGAGACCACCACUGGUGUUAAGCGGCUCUACCAGAUGCAAGAUAGCGGCACCCUUCUCUUCCCCGCCAUCAAUGUGAACGAUUCCGUCACCAAGAGCAAGUUCGACAAUCUAUACGGAUGCCGUCACUCUCUCCCUGAUGGCCUGAUGAGGGCUACCGAUGUUAUGAUUGCCGGCAAGGUCGCGGUGGUAUGUGGCUACGGGGAUGUCGGUAAGGGCUGCGCUGCUGCUCUCAAACAAGCCGGUGCUCAGGUCGUCGUCACUGAGAUUGACCCCAUCUGUGCUCUUCAGGCCCUAAUGGAGGGCAUUCCCGUUCGCACUUUAGAGGAUGUUCUUUCUGAGGCUGAUAUCUUCGUGACCACCACCGGAAACAAGGACAUCAUCAUGGUCGGCCACAUGAGGAAGAUGAAGAACAAUGCCAUUGUCUGUAACAUUGGCCACUUCGACAAUGAGAUCGACAUGCACGGGCUGGAGACUUACCCUGGCGUCAAGCGCAUCACCAUCAAGCCCCAGACCGAUCGCUGGGUGUUCCCUGAUACAAAAACCGGUAUCAUAGUUCUCGCCGAGGGGCGCCUUAUGAACCUUGGUUGUGCCACAGGCCACCCCAGCUUCGUAAUGUCCUGCUCCUUCACCAACCAGGUGAUAGCACAGCUCGAGUUGUGGAAGGAGAAAAAGACAGGGAAGUACGAGAAGAAAGUAUAUGUGCUGCCUAAGCAUCUGGAUGAGAAAGUGGCAGCUCUUCACCUCGGCAAGUUGGGAGCCAAGCUCACCAAACUCACUCCAUCACAAGCUGAGUACAUCAGUGUUCCGGUGGGGGGACCUUACAAGCCUGCUCAUUACAGGUAUUAGGAUAUGCUAAUGCAAGAUACUAGAAGAAACAGCAAAAACUACUGGGCGUGGCCAGGGGAUCCACGGAAUGAAUUUGUUUGUUUAGCUUGCUUAUUGUUUGGUUUGCAAUUUUUUGCUGAGUUACCUAAGGAUAUUGGUUCGUUUUGAAUUCAUGAGCGAUGAGUUCAUGCUUAGGAAUAAUCAGGAUGGAAACAAUGUAAUUGCCAGGGAAGCAAUUGUCUCUGGCUCUACUACAUCAGUUGCAAGACACUUCUCUCAAAUCUUUUUUAUAGGACUCAUUGUUAAAAUUUUCAUAUA